AUGCCACCCGAAAGACGCCGAGACGAUCGUUCUGUCUCCGCAACUUCAACACCAGACGGGCAAGCACGAGAAUACUCCUGUGUAUCGUGCAAGAAACGAAAGACUCGCUGCGACCGCCAAAGUCCAUGUUCGAAAUGCCUUGAAUUGGGGACUGAAUGUGUCCCUGGCGUGCGCGCUCCAUACUCUUAUCGUAAACGGAACAGAGGAAGACCAGAUUCGCUGCCCAGACCAGCAAAUGAUACGCAGACGAAUACCCCAGGCUUUGUACAGAAUUUAUGGCAUGGCUUGAGUGACAAGUUCCUGGCGCCACAAGCCACCGAAGCAAGGACAAAUGGAAGUCCAUCUCUAGAUCCGAUUGGCCUUGUUCUUCCUGGUAGCUUGGGGGCUGAUGGAGAUCUAGCUCAAUUGUAUCCCUCAGCGAACCAUGCCUUUAUUCUAUGGCAGAAAUUCCUCGAGAAUGUCAACCCUCUCUCCAAAGUAAUACACGCCCCCUCUGUUCAGCCAGAGGUUAUCAAGGCGACUACAGACCCAAGUUCAUCCAGUUUUACUUCACUUGCUCUUCUAUUUUCCAUCUAUGCUGCCGCGAUUAUGUCCCUGACGAAGAAUGAUGUCGAAUGUCUUUUUGGCCAAAGCAAAGAGGCAUUGCAACAUAUGUAUACAUCAGGCGCACAACAAGCCCUUUCCAGUGCUGGAUUUAUGAAGGCGACAAAUAUGACGCUUCUCCAAGCAUUCACCAUAUACCUUCUAGCUACUCGACAUCUGUAUAAUUCUGAAACCAUGUGGUUUCUUACCGGCCUGGCUGUUAGGAUGGGUCAGAGUCUUCGAUUGCCUCAAUACGAAAGUAAUAUUUCAGUCUUCGACAUGCAAAUGCGUAGAAGGCUAUGGUGGCAGAUUCUUCUCAUUGACGGCCGAGCUGCACAGCUUGCUCACUCACCUGGCCCUAUCAUGCUUUCUUCUGGCCUUGAUUUUACACUCCCUAGCAACCUAAACGAUGCUGAUAUAUCACCGUCAAUGACAGGGCAACCUAUCCCUCAUGAAGGUCCGACAGAAAUAUUAUUUUGUCUACUAAGAUAUGAGCUGGGCAAAUUCCUCAAUGAACAGGGAAGCAGCUUGCAUAGUCCUUCUGUAUCGGUCGUGGAAAAGGACCGGCUUAUUGACAAGUUUGAGAAGCAUAUAGAGCGCCUUUAUUUACGAUUCUGUGACCCUGCUCUACCUUUACAUCUAAUGGCCUCUGGCGGGGCACGCUCUGCAAUUUGCAAGAUGAGGCUGAUGGCUCAUCACCCGUCUCAGCAGCAUGAUACCGAAGAUGCUGGGAGAACGAGCGACAUUUUGAAUUGGAGUGUCAGAAUGGUAGAGUACGAUGUUUUGGGCCAGUCGACUGAACUACUUAGGAACUUCUCAUGGCACCUCAAUGUAUAUUUCCAGCUUGACGCUUUUGUAUUCAUGUUGAUCGUGUUACAGAGUGAGCAUCCGGGCCUCCCGCUUGUCGAUAAGGCUUGGGAUUUGGUCUCGGAAACGUACAAAUACCGCCAAUAUCUUCUGAUGGAUGAGGCCAGGGAUUUGCACAAACAAGUCCAGAAGUUGACGUUGAAGUCAUGGGAGGUUUACCAACUCAAUCGGGCCCGUCAUGGUCUCAGUGUCUGUGCCGCUCCACCGAUAAUUCAGCAACUGCUUCAGCAGGGUUUAACAACCAACGAGUUUGGUGAAGCCAGUGGCAGACGACAGCCCAAUGGAAAGGAAGGUGUCCAAAGCCAAACGGACAUUGGUACAAAUAGAAUUGGCCAUGGUGAUGAUGCUGAUGAUGAUGAUGAUGAUGCAAGCAAUGGCUUGAUGGCUUAUUUGGAUAAUUCUGUAGCGAGCAGCUCAUAUUUUGAUUCCAUGCCCUCUGGAUGGGAUUUAGUACCUGGCUGGGACAUCUCUGAUUGGGAAUACUGGGAGCACCUGUUGAGAGAGACCCAACACAGUUGGAGGAAUAACUAG